GAUUGAGCCAAUGGCGUGUCAGUGCCGGGAAAUACAGCAGUGAAACACCAAGUGAUGCUGAGAGACGAUUGCAGGGUGUGAUGCUGGGAAAUGUGUGUGCGCGCAUGAGAGCAUCUCCACCGCAUCCGUCCCGAUCCGAGCUAUUGUGUGUGCGCGCGAGCGCGGGAUGCCCAGAUCCGACAUUCCCAACAAAGCCAGAAGAGGACAAACCAAAGUCCUGAUCACUGUCACUUUUCUUUUUUCUUCUCAAGCUGUCCAAGUGCCUCCCUGCGAAGUUUGAUUCUCCUGCACCCAUCCCUCCACGCCCCCCCCCCCAGCAGUACCCUCCUCUUGGUGCAGUACAUCUCCAGUGAGGAUACGCACCGUACUGAGGGUUCCUGAGCGGCCGAUCCAGAGAACAUGAAGUGGAACCUCUUCAAAAAGAAAGCAGAGCCCAUGGUGGGUCCAGAGCCCACGGGACCGGACGGCACCCACCCGUCUCACACCAUGACCAUGACGCCCGCUCUGGCCGUCUCCACGCUGGCGGACAACUCCACCGAGUCUGAGGGACCCAGCAAGAACGACAUGUUUGAGGAAAUCAAAAGCAAGUUCCUCAACGAGAUCGAUAAAAUCCCACUGCCUCCCUGGGCGCUCAUCGCCAUCGCCGUGGUGGCCGCGCUCCUCGUCCUCACCUGCUGUUUCUGCAUCAUUAAGAAAUGUUGCUGUAAGAAGAAGAAGAACAAGAAGGGCAAAAAGGGCAAAGACGGAUUCAACAUGAAGAACAUGCAGGGUGGAGAUACACAUCAGGAUGAUGAUGAUGAAGAAGAAGGAGAAACCGGUUUGACCGAGGAGGAGAAGGAAGAAGAAAAAGAGGAGGAGAAACUGGGGAAACUCCAGUACUCUUUAGAUUAUGACUUCCAGGACAAUAAGCUGACCGUGGGAAUCCUGCAGUGUGCUGAUCUGAUCUCUAUGGACUCCGGCGGAACCUCUGACCCGUACGUGAAAGUCUUUCUGCUUCCAGAUAAGAAGAAGAAGUUUGACACUAAAGUGCACAAAAAGACCCUCAAUCCGGUGUUCAACGAAAGCUUCGUCUUCAAGGUGCCGUACCAGGACCUGGGCGGGAAGACUCUGGUCAUGUCCGUGUACGACUACGACCGCUUCUCAAAGCAUGACAUCAUCGGUGAGGUAAAAUUACCCAUGAACACCAUUGAUUUGGGUCAACCGAUCGAAGAGUGGAGAGACCUGGAUAGUGUUGAGAAAGAGGAGCCUGAGAAACUGGGCGACAUCUGUAUCUCGCUGCGUUACGUUCCGACCGCGGGUAAACUCACCGUCUGCAUCCUGGAGGCCAAGAACCUGAAGAAGAUGGAUGUCGGUGGUCUGUCUGAUCCGUACGUCAAGAUUCAGCUGUUGCAGAACGGCAAGCGUCUGAAGAAGAAGAAGACCACGGUGAAGAAGAACACUCUCAACCCGUAUUACAACGAAUCCUUCAGCUUUGAGAUUCCACUGGAGCAGAUGCAGAAAAUCAUCGUGGCGGUGACCGUCUUCGACUACGACAAGAUCGGCAAGAACGACGCCAUUGGGAAGAUCUUCAUCGGAAGCAAAGCCGCAACCACGGCGCUGAAGCACUGGUCUGACAUGCUGGCGAACCCGCGUCGACCCAUCGCUCAGUGGCAUCCCCUCCAACCCGAGGAAGAUAUCGACGGCGCUCUCGCUGCUCUGUGGGCCAAGAAGUAACUUAUUAAAUCCCAGCCUGACUAACCCACUAACCAACCCACCCACCCACCGCUGCAUGACACCCCACAGCCAUCUGUACGCGCUCCACCCGUCCCCCUCACAUCACCACAUAUUCUGAUGAAUAUACUUGAAAAAAAGAAGGCAGAUGUGACACGCUUGGUCCGGCGAAACAUUUUUGAAUAUCGUGCAUCAUAGAAGAGUUUUUAAGGCACUUUUUUCGUUAUUAUCUAGCGACCGAAAUUUCCCCAGCUGUAUCGACUGAAGACUAAAAACCGUCCAAAUUGAAAAGUGAAGAAAUAGACCGAAGUUUGCGAUUCCCCCACAACAUUCAUGUCCUUUAGUUUAGAUGGUAAGGAUUGCAGGAGGCUCAUGAACGGCAAUAAACGGAGUUAUUUCUGCUGAAUGAAUAUGCAACUAAUAGCGAGCUUGAUAUAUAUCAAACAUGAUUUACUCAGUGAUGCAAACUCAUGUUGAACAGAUUUGUUUACAUUGUCAACGGGAAUGUUAGACUGUUGGGUUUCUCUUGAAUUAAUAGACGGGAUUGUGAUGUAGGGCUGUGACGGUCAGAUAAAACGCUAAAUGGGAAUUCAUGGGCUAAUAUAUUUUAUAAGCAGUAAUAAUGGCAAUAUACAUGAAUGCUCAAUUCAAGGUCAUAGUUCAGCAUGGUUUACAUAUAAUCUGUGUAAAGACACAUCGCAUUUACUGUAAUGCUGCAGUUACAGUGCCAAAAUCAGACGUCUAUCAUAAUCUGUAAUGUUUAGAAGUGAGCAUGAUCCCAUCACAUCGAUCCUGACACACACGGCACACAUGAAGCUGCGGGAUUUUCAUCACACGAUUGACCUUCUGCUUUACGUCACUGCCUUGUUUGUUUGUUUGUUUGGAGCGAAACUCUCCGAGAUGCCAAAGUAUGAACUCAAACGAGACGGUCAGAGGCGGGUCACCGGGGUCACCCGCGCUCCAUCAGGUUACGCUUAGAAAGUCAAGAAAUGCGAAGAAAGACCUCACCCUCAGCUUUGCGUGUGUAUAUGUGCGUUGAAGUUGUUUCUACAGCAUGUGUCUAUAAAUUGAUGUACAUAGAAGCAUGUUUUCAAGAUUAGAGCAUUAUUAUAUCGUGUGUGACUUUUCUCAUUUUGAUAAUUAAGUGUAGAGGAAUAAAUGCACUGAAUGCACAUUUGAUGACAUUUCCCAGAAAAGGUAUGUUAAGAAUAUAUCAAGAAGAGUUUUUCAAAAUACUUUUACAUUUGCAACAGAGAGUUAGAAGCUGCUGUGUGUUAUCUGCGCUCAUGCUUGUGCUGGCGUUUUGAUUCCAUCGGUCCACAUGCUCGUGUCAUUUGUCUUAUCUGUGUUCUGCCCAUUGAAAUACGGUAAAAAUGAAAUAUGUUCAGGUUGUGACUUUUCAGGAAUGUGUGUUAUAGAAUGAAUCUCAUGACGACAACACGUCCAGAAAUCAAAAGAGAAACAAUGAGAUUUUGAAUAAAGAAAAUGAUGUCUAUUAUAAGAUCACCAUGAUCUCUGUAAAUUCUCAAAUGUGUCACUUUGUCAUCAGCUUUCCUUUAUGGUUAAUAGAAUUUGAAAUCAUCAUAAAUAUUGUUCAAUUACAUGGUGUAAAAAUACCUGACCUAUUUCAAUAACAACAAUCAUUUUCUUAUUAUUUGUUUAACGAUUGAUUCAAUUGCGUCUUGAACGCGCUUAAUAGUUCUGAAAUUGUAGAUCAAAAUCUUCAUGGUCUUUUUUCUGUCUUUUGAUUUGGAGGUGAAUUAUGGGCCGGACGGGUUUUGUGAUUCACCUGUUAAUGUGUACAAACCACACGCAGAAACUCAAAGCCAUAAUAAUUGACUGUAAUAACGUGCGAGCGUUGUGUGAGAGGUGUACAGUAACUGUCUGUUCAAAGACAGUCUUGUCAUUUUCUUUCUUAUGUUGACAUAAUCCACACGAUUGGAAGCAAAUGAUAUAAACUGGGAUGAAAGUGAUGCUCCGCUGAAUAAACAAUGCAAUGAUCAUAUUGACAUAAACACUUACAGUAAUAAGAAACACGUCAUCAUUAUUAUGUACAGCAUGACUUUAUUAUGCAAUGUGGUGUUUCAGGUUGUUUAUUCGCAGUUGAAUUGUUUUAUUUUUAAAAAGGAUGAGUGAAUACUUGAAUGAUGAAUAAAUCAAGAGAGUCUUAUGGCCAUUUCAUGUAAAUGUGAUUUAACACACUAUAAGUAUACCAUGGCAUUUACUGUAGCAGAGUUAUUAUUAUAGUUUUGUUUUUAGUUUUAUGCAUAUUUUCUAUUAGCUUUCAUUUUUUGUUUUUCUGUUCAUUUUUAAGCCAUUUUGUUUGUCAGGUGUUUAUUUUUUAUGUUGCUGUUUAAGAUUCUUUUAUUUUUAUCAUUAUAAUUUAGUGCCUUAACCUUGUUUCAGUUCAUUUCUGAGGCAACACUUAAAUGUUUCGUUGAUUUGAAGUUUUCCAAUCAUUUUUAUGACAAUAUUUAAUUGGAUUUCAGUAAACGGAAACGUUUUCCAAGUUUUAAUUUGAGUAACCUAAAAUAACCUUGACCUGAAGUAUACAGUAUAUUACAGUAGUGCUAGUAUAGUUCUUAUAGUAUACACUGUGUAGUAAAGGAAAGUGGACUACUGUGGUAAAUGCUAUAGUAUUUGUUCAUGAGGGAAUUCUGUUUUGCAUCCCAGUCAAUUCGUUUCAUUAUUGAAUGUCAUGUAUGUUGUAUUUCGUGUGUAUUUCUGUGUUUUCGUCGAACGGCCUUGGACCGUGUACAGCUGCCUAGGAAUAUUCUCGUCCGCUUCUGUGUGUUGUAGUUUGCAAUAGGACCAAUGUAGAAUAACGUCUAAAUGUGUCGUGUGAACGUGAAUUUAAACUGCAGGGCUCUGGUGUUUUUCUCGGCGGAGCAAGCAACAAAAUCCCAGUCUUCCCUGGGACACUGUGGACGCCAGUCUUCUGGCCUGCCCUCCCCGGACACACUUCUUCGUGUGUUGUCUUCUAAUAAUGGACCUUGCUGUAUAAUCACCACCACCUUUCCAAUGCAAUACUGCCAACAUGUCUGCUUACUAACAUCCUCUAACCCGUCCACCGCGUGUCAAGACUGAGAACUGAUGCCUUUCUGUUCCGUUUGUCCUGCGUGUGUCGUUCCAUCCUUUCGUGGAUGCUUUGGCAUGCUUUCGAUUCCCUGUACAAAUGAACACGACGGCCAGCAGAGAAAAAAACACGGCCUUUCCUAUGGCCACUCUUGUAAUAACAAUGUGAAACCUCAACCAAACCAACCCAACCGCUAGAAGGUCAACAUGAAGAUUCAACAAUGAGUUCUCCAUUAGUUCAUCAUAGGAAAUAAAGAUCUUUUAAAUAGA